AUGACCGACUACGACAUCAUGUCGCCGCCGAAAUGGGUGGGUAUCGAAAACUACGUCGACAUGCUCUUCGACGACGCUUUGUUUGCCAAGAGCCUCUCCAAUACGGUCAUCUUUGCCCUGCUGAGCGUACCCACGUCGAUAGCGGUUGGUUUCGGGCUUGCCCUUCUCCUCAAUCAGAAGGCGCUGGGAGAAUCGGUCUUUCGCACCAUCAUUUUCGUUCCUACGCUGGUGCCUAGCGUGGCGCUGGCCAUCAUGUGGCUAUGGCUGUUCAACCCCCAGUUUGGCGUCGUCAACGGCCUGCUGUGGGAGCUUUUCGGCAUCAACGGGCCUGGCUGGCUUACCGACGAAGACUGGUCCAAACCCACUCUUCUGCUGAUGUCGCUAUGGACCGUUGGUUAUGGAGUAGUCAUAUUUUUGGCGGGCUUGCAGGAUAUUCCCCAGUCGCUUUAUGAAGCCGCCGAGAUCGACGGCGCCAGCGUUGCCCAAAAAACGCGCCAUGUGACGAUACCACUGCUCACCCCGGUUAUUUUCUUCCAGCUUGUCAUUUCGAUCAUUGCCAUUUUCCAGAUAUUCACGGCUCCGCACGUCAUGACCGGAGGCAGCGGGCAGCCGGCCAAGUCGCUGCUUUUCUACGUGAUGUAUCUUUAUCGUCAAGCCUUUGUUUAUAUGAGAAUGGGCCAUGCCAGCGGGAUGGCCUGGAUACUGUUUCUGAUUAUUCUCGUCUGUACUUUGGUCAUCUUUCGCACUUCUGGCUGGGUUCAUUACAGUGGCGGCGAGAGAGGGACGACGACAGAUACCUAA